GUUCCUCGUCCGAGGAAUCGAGAUCGGUCCGAAUCUGGUCUGGCCGUGUGGUGUGUCGUGCUAGUGUGGUGUCUCUGUGGGUUCCCUGCCCUGCCCCCGCCAAUCUAAUGGUUUGACCACUGCUGAUUUCGAAGUCAGGUCUCAUUAGCGGGCGAUUGCGCUGAGCGGCGCAUAAGCCAGCGAAAGGGGGAAACCCCCGAAGUUAUUUGUCGAUAGUUGAAGCAGUGACCGACGCGACGUGAGUGAGGAAGCGAGUGGAGUCCACUACAAAAAAAAAAAAAAAACAAGAAACAAACAAGUGCAAAACGACACUGAAGAACAUCCCGGACAAGCGAGCAAUGGCGAGGCGGACAGGAGCGUCCAUCCUGUGGGCAUCAUCGUUCCUGCUUUUCGGUUGCUGCAUAACCGGUUCCCAGGCAGCGGGCGGUCACUACUCGGUCGUUGGUGCCAAGCUGCUGCGGCCGAACUCGGAGUAUCACGUAUCGGUAACCAAUCAGGAUGUGCUGGAACCGAUUGCAUUCCGUAUCGCUAUCACGGACGAUAAGGAUGUUGUGGAACAGCAGCAAAUUACAUUAAACACCGGCGAAACCCGGCUCGUUCCGUUCACGAUUGGUGAUAUUCCCGAAGGUUCCUAUAAGUUAGUGGCCGAGGGGUUAUCCGGUUUGACCUUUAAGAACGAAACCAAUCUGCAGUAUCAGCAGAAGAGCUUCUCUGUGUUCGUGCAAACGGACAAAUCCAUCUACAAACCGGGUGAUAAGGUGCGGUUCCGUGUACUGGUGCUCGAUCCAAACACGAAACCACUGGCGAAGGCAACCAGCAUCGACGUUUACAUUAACGAUGGCAAGGGUAAUCGCAUCAAGCAGUGGAAAAAUGGAACGCUGGUCAAGGGUGUGUUUGAAUCGGAGCUCACCCUGUCGGCGGCACCGGUUCUCGGUGCCUGGAGCAUCAACCUGGACGUCUUGGGAACGAAACACAACAAGGCGUUCGAGGUGGAUGAGUACGUGCUACCGAAGUUCGAAGUAACGAUCGAGUCUCCUGGCAUCACGACGUUCAAGGAUGGCAAGGUGAAGGUAAUCGUACGGUCGAAAUACACCUACGGUAAGCCGGUGAAGGGUGAGGCAACGGUUUCGGUGAUGCCCGAGUUCCGGUUCCAUUAUGUGCAACCGGGCGCAAAGGAUGUGGUCACCCGUAAGGUGAUUCCGAUCGAUGGGAAAGGUUCGGUAGAGUUCGAUCUGCGCGAUGAGGUACAGCUCACGGGUGACUAUGCGCGGAACAUUGUGUUCGAGGCGGUCGUAGAGGAAGAGCUGACUGGGCGGAAGCAGAAUGCGACGACGAAGGUGAUGAUUUACGAUCGACGCUACAAGAUGGAGCUGGUCAAAUCGGACGACAACUACAAACCGGGCCUUCCGUACACGGCUUGGUUAAAGGUGUCCCAUCAGGACGAUACGCCGGUGCAGGAUCAAACGAACCACGUGGAGGUGCACGAAUCGUCUUACAAUGGUCAACCGACCAAGACCAACUAUACGCUCGAUGGAAACGGUAUGGCCAAGCUGGUGAUCAACACGGAUGUCAACGGGUCGUACAUUAAUCUGCAAGGCUACUAUCUGGGCCAGGAGUUCUAUUUGAAUGGCAUUUCCAAAGCCGAUUCGGAUGUCGAUUCUUACAUCCGGGCUCGCGUCCUCACAGAACUACCCACCGUUAACGAGGAUGUAGAAGUAGAGGUAGCAGCCACGGUACCGAUGAAAUCCUUCACUUAUCAACUGCUUGGGCGAGGCGAUGUACUGCUCAGUAAUACGGUGGCAGUGCCGGAAGCUAAGAUUUACACAUUCAAGUUCCGUGCCUCGUUUGCGAUGGUGCCACGGGCGAAGCUGGUAGUGUUUUACAUUGCGGCAAACGGUGAUAUGGUGAGCGAUAGUAAGGUCAUUACAUUCAACAGUGAACUGCCAAACUUUAUGAAAGUGACGCUGUCGAAGGAGCAAACCAAACCGGGACAGGAAAUAGAAAUCAGCGUCAGUACGAAUCCGGACUCGUACGUCGGGUUGCUCGGCGUUGAUCAGAGUGUGCUGCUGCUGAAGAGUGGCAAUGACAUUACGAAAGAUCAGGUGUUCGGCGAGCUGGAGAAAUACGAGGAGCGUUCGUACGGGUUUUACCGCAGGAAGAAGCGUUACGCAUGGCGCCCGUAUGGUGAACACCGUGAUUUCGAGAGCGUCGGUGCCUUCGUGCUCUCCAAUGCCAACGAUCCGCCACCCAAUAACACGUUGCCCGAGGCACCGAUUUAUAAGUUCCAUCGCGCCCCGAACGGAACCGUACUGUACACCAGCAUCGAGAAGCCGGCGCGUGCACAACCGAAACACGUGCUGAUCACCAACACACGGCCGCCAUUGGCGGGCCCGUUUGCCUUUAGCCGGUUGCCGCGGCCCCACCGUGACAUCCCACGUCUCUUCCUGUCGCAGGAAAUUCAAAAUACGUGGCUUUUCGAUAAUACCUACUCCGGAUUCAGCGGUGAAAAGACGCUAAAGAGGAAAGUCCCCGAUACGAUCACCUCGUGGAUCAUUACGGGUUUCUCGGUGAACCCGGUCUACGGUCUAGGGUUGACGCAGCGGCCUCGUAAGCUGAACGUGUUCCUUCCCUUCUUCGUAUCGACCAAUCUGCCGUACUCGGUGAAGCGUGGCGAGGUGGUCGCCAUUCCGAUCGUCGUGUUCAACUACAUGGAGGACGAUCUGACGGCGACGGUUGUGCUCGAGAAUAAAGAGCAGGAGUUCGAGUUUGCCGACGUCGAGAAUGAGAUCAUCGAUACAUCGAAGGUCGAACUGUCUCGCGAGAAGCGCUUGGCCGUUCCUGCCAACUCGGGCAAAACCGUGUCGUUUAUGGUGAAACCGAAAAAGCUGGGCCACAUCACGAUCAAGGUACAGGCAACGUCGGACGUGGCCGGUGAUGCGGUCGAGCGACAGCUCCUGGUCGAACCGGAAGGACUGCCGCAGUACGUGAACAAGGCCAUGUUUGUGGAUCUACGCGCAACAACCGAGGUGAAGAAGGAGUUCGAGGUAGAAAUCCCCCGAAAUGCCGUGCCGGACUCGACGCGUAUUGAGGUCGGCGUGAUUGGCGAUGUGCUCGGAUCGACGAUCCAGAAUCUGGACUCGCUCAUUCGCAUGCCGUACGGUUGCGGUGAGCAGAACAUGCUGAACUUUGUGCCAAAUAUUGUGGUGCUCGAUUACCUGAAGGCCACCAACAAGCUGACGGCGAACAUUGAGGCGAAGGCGAAGAAGUUUAUGGAAGCCGGUUAUCAGCGGGAGCUGGGCUACAAGCACCGGGAUGGUUCGUUCAGUGCAUUCGGCGAGAGUGAUAAGAGUGGAAGCACCUGGUUGACGGCGUUCGUCGCGCGUUCCUUCAAACAAGCGGCCAACCACAUCACGGUCGAUGAGUCCGUGAUCGACAAGUCGCUGGAGUGGCUGAGCGAUCAUCAGGCACCGAACGGUAGCUUCCCCGAGGUCGGUGUCGUCUCGCACAAGGACAUGCAGGGUGGUUCCGGUAGCGGGGUCGCCCUGACAGCGUACACCCUGAUUGCCUUCCUCGAGAACUACAAUCUGGUAAACAAGUACAAGAAUACCAUCAACAAAGCGAUCGAUUACGUGUACCGUAACACGGAAUCGCUGGACGAUACGUACGCGCUGGCUUUGGCCGCUUAUGCGCUCCAGCUGGCCGACCAUUCAUCGAAGGCCGUCAUUCUGGCGAAGCUCGAUGCGAAGGCUUCGACGGACAGUGAUACCAAGUGGUGGCACAAACCGAUCCCCGAAUCGGACGCCAAGAACCCCUGGUACGGUAGGCCGAACUCGGUGAACGUUGAGAUGAGUGCGUACGGUAUGCUGACGUUCAUCGAAGCCGGUCUCGAUACGGAUGCGCUGCCGAUCAUGAAGUGGUUGAUCGGACAGCGUAACGAUAAGGGAGGCUUCCAGUCCACCCAGGAUACGGUCGUGGGACUGCAGGCGUUGGCGAAGCUUGCCGCCAAAAUUUCCUCCCCCAACAAUGACGUUACGAUUGCGGUCAAUUACGCCAAGGACAUGGAAAUGCGUAUGAUCGUCGGUGAGGAGAAUGGUAUGAUUUUGCAAAAGUUUGAGCUACCGUCGUCGUCGCGUAACAUUAAGCUGACGGCAACCGGUAGUGGCUUCGCCGUGGUGCAGCUGUCCUACAAGUACAACAUGAAUGUGACCGGCGAGUGGCCACGCUUUGUGCUGGAUCCUCAGGUGAACGCCAAUACGAACCCGGACCAUCUACACCUGUCGGUGUGCACCAGUUUCGUACCAUCCGGUGGUCAGAAUGUUUCCAACAUGGCCGUCAUGGAAGUUAGCUUCCCCAGUGGUUUCACUGCCGACUCUGACACGCUGCCUUCGCUGGAGAACACUCCCUACAUUAAGAAAGUGGAGACCAAAGAUGGCGAUACGACUGUAGUGCUAUACUUUGAUAGCUUGGAUCAGCGCGAACUUUGCCCAACAGUAUCGGCCUUCCGGACGCACAAAGUGGCCAAACAGAAGCCUGCACCGGUUGUGAUCUAUGAUUACUAUGAUAAUUCUCGCAUCGCCCGACAGUUUUACGAUGGACCACGGGCUUCCCUGUGUGAUAUCUGUGAACAGGAAGACUGCAGCGACGCGUGUUCGAUCAAAUCCCAGAAACAACGCUCUCCUGCUGAACAGAACGAAACAACCACCAGCCGUACUAUGAUCGGAAAUGGAGGUCAGAAGUUCAACGUCAGCUUCCUGACUCUGCUGCUGUCUUCGGUGGUCCUGAGGAUGGUGCAGUGAAACACCAGUAAGUAGCAACUAGUACACACUCGCUACGCUAGUUACCAUCACGCGCGAAUGGAGCUGAGGAACUGCAACAACGCAGCGUGCGCACAGCACAAACGAACAAAUUCUAAGCAAAUAAAAACUAUGGCCAUCUACAUUGUGA